AUGGUACAGUCUAUAAGUAGCGAAAUUGAAAAUGUAUUCGACGGUUCGAAGGGAACUGGGUUAUUCAGAGUGGAGAAUGAGUCGUCACAAGAGGGGGAGAUCUCGUGUAAAAUAGGAGGUUACAUAAUUACUAUGAUCAUCGAUUCGGGCUCUAAAUUGAACCUGAUCAGCCAUUCAGAUUGGCAACGAUUAUGCGAGGAAAAGGCUGUUAUGUUUAACUCACGUACUGAAUCAGCGAAUCAUUUUCGGGCAUAUGCUUCAGAUCGUCUACUCAAGGUUUUACAAGUUUUCGAGGCUCCAAUUUCGGUACAAAACGAUCCGGAACUGAUUACUACAUUUUAUGUAAUCGAAAAUGGUAAACAAUCGCUAUUAGGACGGGACACGGCUAUCGAACUCAACGUUUUAAGAGUAGGUUUGGACGUGCGUAGAGUUGAGGAAGCGGAACCGUUUGCCAAAUGGCGUGAUGUUUCUGUCAAGCUGUCUAUUGACGAAUCUGUGGUUACUGUGCAACAACCCAUGAGACGUGUGCCGACGGCGUUGGAGGGCAAGAUAAUUGAGAAACUGGAAGAGGCUUUAAAGUUGGACAUUAUCGAACCAGUAACUGGCCCAAGUGCCUGGAUAUCGCCGGUGGUGAUUGCCUUUAAAGAUGAUGGCGAUAUUCGGUUGGAGUUGGCUGAGUCCAGCAGAGAAAUUAUUACAUUUAUUACGCACCGGGGUUUGUUUCGUUAUAAACGUUUAAUGUUUGGAGUGAAUUCGGCUCCAGAGAUAUUUCAGAAACUAAUGGAGGAACUAAUAUCUCCUUGUCAAAAUGCAUUGAACUAUAUUGAUGACGUAAUCAUUUUUGAAACCGACCUUGAAGAACAUGAUAAGGCACUGGAAAUGGUUGAAAGAAUUUUUAAAACUAAUAAUGUCUUGCUGAAUGAAAAGAAAUGCAUAAUAAGAACUCAAAGGCUGAAAUUUUUGGGACACAUCCUGUCUAAUGAGGGGAUUGAAGUUGAUCCCGAAAAAGUAAAAGUGAUCACAGCAUUCAGAGCGCCGAAAAAUAAAGAAGAAGUACGUAGUUUUCUUGGUUUAGCCACAUAUGUGGGUAAGUUUGUAAUUGACUUGGCAGACAGCACCGAACCUCUAAGGAAACUAAUGAGGAGCAAGGAAAAAUUUGUUUGGGGCAAAGAGCAGGACGACGCAUUUCAGGGAAUAAAGGCGAAAAUUGCUGCGGUAUCGAAACUCUCAUAUUUUAAUCCACAGGACAAAACGUGUUUAAUUGCAGAUGCUAGUCCGGUGGCCCUGGGUGCCGUAUUAGUGCAAUUUGAUAAGGCAAAUAUUUCGCGGAUCAUUUCAUUUGCCAGUAAGAGUCUCUCACCGGUGGAAAAGAGAUAUUCACAAACCGAAAAAGAAAGUUUGGCCUUGGUGUGGGCUGUGGAAAAAUUUUAUUAUUAUUUGGCAGGGCUUAACUUUGAUCUAAUAACCGAUCACAAGCCACUAGAAACCAUAUUUAAGCCAACCUCACGACCCCCAGCGAGGAUCGAAAGAUGGUUGCUAAGGUUACAGUCAUAUCGUUUCCGAGUGAUAUAUAAACCAGGGAAAGAAAAUAUUGCGGAUUCGCUAUCAAGGCUUUCCCAAGAAAACAACGCUGAUCCAUAUGAUUGGGCCGGAGAGCAGCAUAUUUUUCGAGUAGUGUCCACUUUGAUACCGAAGUCGCUCUCCAUAUCACAGAUUACCGAGAUGUCUAUAUUAGACGAAGAGAUACAAGAUGUAGUGACGUGUCUAUGUCAGGACUCGUGGAAAGCAAAUAUGUCAAGCCCAUAUUAUCCUUUUCGUUUGGAGCUGUCUAUAGUUGGUGAUAUCCUAUUACGGGGAACUAAAUUAGUUAUCCCACGAAAGUUGCGAGAAAUAAUUCUGGGCCUCGCACAUGAGGGACAUCCAGGAAUAAGUGCAAUGAAACGGAGGUUACGCUCCAAAGUUUGGUGGCCUUGUGUGGACAAAGAUGCUGAAAAAUACGUAAAGACUUGUCAAGAUUGCCUUAUAGUGUCAAUGCCACCAAAACCAGCUCCGAUGGAGCGGCACCCUUUCCCGAAUGGUCCCUGGAAAUGCUUAGCAACCGAUAUUUUGGGUCCUUUACCUAAUGGGGAUAAUAUAUUGGUACUAAUUGAUUACUACUCCAGAUAUAUGGAGUUCAAAGUGAUUAAGUCGAUAACAUCUAAAACCAUUAUUGAUGAAAUGGAAGAGAUAUUUUCAAGAUUGGGAUUUCUAGAGACACUAACGUCUGACAAUGGAAGGCAAUUCGUAAGCGUUGAGUUUAAAAGUUUUUGCAGUACCAACGGCAUUCGGUUAAUGACUACGCCCCCAUACUGGCCUCAGGCUAACGGCGAAGUAGAAAAUAUGAACAGGUCCCUUGUGAAACGUUUAAAGAUAGCUCAUGCAAAUAACGACAAUUACAAGAAAGAAAUUCAGAAGUUCGUUUUGAUGUAUAAUGUUACUCCGCAUGGUACCACGGGCGCUCCACCGACAGAACUAAUGUUUAACAGAGUAAUAAGAGACAAAAUUCCCUGCAUUCAGGACCUUGUGGGGGAAAUGGCAGACUCAGAAGAGAGAGAUAAGGAUAUGCGGGAAAAAGAUAAAGGGAAACAGUUGACUGACAAGGCCAGGAGUGCGGGAGAUGUUGACAUCCAAGUUGGAGAUACAGUACUCCUAAAGAAUGUAAUAUUUCCGCAUAAGUUGACACCCACAUUUGAUACUACCACGUAUAAGGUAGUAAAGCGAGAAGGAAAUGUUGCGCAGAUUUCCGCUGGUGGUAAAACAUACACCAGGAAUGUUGGUCAUUUGAAAAAGAUUGUAACCACAAACCCAUUGAGUCCUGCAGCGCCAGUUUUCCUCGACGCCGAGUCUUCCCGAACAACCUCAACAUCUGAGGAUCAGCAGAAGCUAAGCGAGAACCUCAAACUACGUCUGGAGAAAAAGGAAGGAAUGUGGAGAUCUGUACCUGUUAAAGAAAGUGACAAUACGCUUUCAUAA